CAUAACAUCAGGUCUGCUCUCGGCUGAGUACCCGUAUCCUCUUCUCUCCCCCCCCGGCGGUCAUGGCGCUACUCUCCGUCCUCACGCCUGUCCUGGCGGUGGUCCUGUGCCUGGUGGUAGGCUUCAUGCUGCUGGGGUCCCGGAAGACGAAGACUGCCUCGACCUCCUCGGGAAAAACCGAAGGGGCUUCAAAAGCGGACUUUAGACCGUGGGUGGACCAGGACUUACAGGACGAUACAGAAAUCACAGCGAAAGAGGACGAGGAUGGUGAUUGGGUGGACACCAUUGAGGAUGAAGACCUUUUACAUGUGCCUCACUCAACACCACGUUACCCCGAGGAGACGAUGCUGAGGAGAUCCAGAGAUAUGUACACUCUGAUGAACCAGCGGAGGUCUGUCCGAUUCAUCAGCCCAGAGCCGUUCCCACAGGAAGUCAUCGAUAAUGUCAUCCGCACUGCAGGUACUGCCCCUAGUGGAGCACACACAGAGCCCUGGACGUUUGUCGUGGUGUCAGACCCAGAGACGAAGCACCAGAUCAGACGGAUAGUGGAAGAAGAGGAGGAGGUCAACUACCGUCAGAGGAUGGGGGACAAGUGGGUCCAUGAUUUGGCCAAGUUAAAGACAAACUGGAUCAAGGAGUACUUGGAUGUUGCUCCAUAUCUAAUCCUAGUCUUCAAACAGACCUACGGGAUUCUACCAAACGGCAAGAAAAAGACACAUUACUACAAUGAAAUCAGUGUCUCCAUAUCCUGUGGACUACUGUUGGCUGCAUUACAGAACGUGGGUCUUGUCACCGUCACAACGACGCCCCUAAACUGUGGCCCCCAGCUCAGGCUCCUCCUCAAACGGCCAGCCAAUGAGAAGCUGUUGAUUUUACUUCCUGUAGGUUAUCCUGCGUCUGACGCUACAGUCCCUGACUUAAAACGCAAGCCGCUGGAUGAUAUAAUGGUGCGCAUAUAACAAAAUGAGUGUGCAGAGAAUGUUUUUUUCUCUCCAUCAUCUUCUUUGCCCACAGCUGAAAACAUAUAACCUAAUGUGAUUAGAAAUGCUUUUUAAUGGAUGUCAUCAAUCUCUUCAUAGACUUCAAAAUUAACCCCUGAUUGACCAGCAUAGUCAUUACUUUUAUUUUGAAGGGAAAGUAGCCUUACACUGUUUAAUUCUGCUACGUCCAGAGUUAAUAAAUGGGGAAAUAAACAG